GUACAGAGAGACCGCAGCGCAGAAACCCACAAUUUUUUCGGCCGCCAUUAAAAUCAAAGAACGAGAAAGAGAAUCUCCCCCCCUCUCUCUCUCUCAUUCUCAGGCGAAAAAAUUAACAGUCUCGGAUUUGGUUGUUGGGGGUGGAAUUUGUGGUUUCAGAUCUGAGGGAUCUAGGGUUUGAAGAAUGCAGAAGACGAACGGGAAGUUUCUAGAGAGGAAGCUGUCGAUGGCGAGAGAGAAAAGGGGUUUGGAUCAGGAUCACGAUGGCGAAGAUAAGCAGCCCGAGGCCAAGCGCCCCAAGGUCCCAGCUCUCGCUAGUGUUAUUGUUGAAGCACUCAAGGUGGAUAGUUUGCAGAGGCUGUGUUCAUCACUGGAGCCUAUACUCCGUAGAGUUGUUAGUGAAGAAGUGGAGCGUGCUUUAGCAAAGUUGGGUCCUGCUAGACUUGGUGGAAGGUCUCCUCCAAAGCAAAUAGAAGGUCCAGAUGGAAGAAACUUGCAGUUGCAUUUCAGGUCAAGGUUGUCCCUGCGCCUGUUUACGGGAGGUAAAGUUGAAGGGGAGCAGGGAGCUGCAAUUCAUGUUGUAUUGCUCGAUGCAAAUACUGGCCACGUCGUAACAUCAGGGCCUGAGGCGUCUAUAAAAUUAGACAUUGUUGUUCUUGAGGGCGAUUUCAACAAUGAAGAUGAAGAUGGCUGGACGGAGGAAGAGUUUGAAAGCCAUGUAGUCAAAGAACGAGAAGGAAAGAGGCCACUCUUGACUGGGGAUUUGCAGGUAUCACUUAAAGAAGGUGUUGGGACCCUGGGAGAGCUUAUAUUUACUGACAAUUCUAGCUGGAUACGUAGUAGAAAAUUUAGGCUUGGUCUGAAGGUUGCUUCAGGCUUUUGUGAGGGAAUUCGCGUUCGAGAGGCAAAAACGGAAGCUUUUACCGUCAAAGAUCACAGAGGGGAAUUAUACAAGAAACACUACCCACCUGCUCUAAAGGAUGAGGUCUGGAGAUUGGAAAAAAUCGGGAAGGAUGGUUCAUUCCACAAGCGGUUGAAUAAAUCUGGAAUUUUUACAGUUGAAGAAUUUCUUAGACUUGUUGUCAGAGAUUCUCAAAGAUUGCGCAAUAUUCUUGGAAGUGGCAUGUCAAAUAAGAUGUGGGAGAGUCUUGUGGAACAUGCGAAGACAUGUGUUUUGGGCGGAAAACAUUAUAUUUACUAUUCUGAUGAAACAAGGAGCAUUGGUGCUGUAUUUAACAAUAUCUAUGAGUUUACUGGCCUUAUUGCUAAUGGGCAGUAUUACUCAGCAGAAUGUCUUACUGACAGUCAGAAGGUUUUUGUGGAUACACUGGUAAAAAGAGCAUAUGAUAACUGGAGGCAUGUCAUAGAAUAUGAUGGCAAAGCUCUUUUAAACUUCAAGCAGAGCAAGAAGGCAUCUACUUCUCUCAACAAAGCUCCAGCAGUUGCACCAAGUUGUCGACCUUCAUAUGAUCAGCAAGUCGCUCAGCCGCAGGUGUCAAUUACAGUUCCUGUAGUACAGCCUUCAUUGGACGUCGGAGUGGUUUCAGGUUCCAGUUCUUCCAGUUACAAUGGGAACCAAGUGAGUAGAUAUCAACCUCCACAGCAAGAGGUGACCCCCAAUAUCAGCAUGCAAUUUGAGGACGCUUCAUUUAUCCCACAAAACCAGUUCAUUAGUUCAAACCAAACUCAAUUUACAAGAAGCGACAGCACAAGCCUAGCUUUGGCUCCACCUCAACACCAAAGCUUGGAGUUUGAACCUAUUAGCCAAUUGAUUCAGCCCACUAAUGAUAACUCCUAUGACGACUGGUCUCAACCCCAAGAAAGCACUCGGGUUGCUGAUGAUUUCUUCUCAGAGGAAGAUAUCCGGAUGAGAAGCCAUGAGAUGUUGGAGAACGAAGAUAUGCAACAUUUACUCCGUGUUUUUAGCAUGGGAGGCUCUAAUUUACACGAUGAUGGAUAUGGGUUUUCGCCUUUUAUGCCAUCACCUGGUCCAAACUUCAACUUUGAUGAGGAUCGUAGCCGUUCCUCUGGUAAAGCUGUUGUAGGAUGGCUCAAGAUCAAGGCAGCUAUGAGAUGGGGUAUCUUUGUUAGGAAGAAGGCAGCUGAGAGGAGAGCUCAACUCAUUGAGUUGGAAGAUUAGAAUGACCUAACAAAGGGGUAGGGUUGGAUUUAGAAAAGCUUCGGGUAACAGACAAUAUUUGGUGCGGUGGAACGGGAGAUAUCAGAAACUCAGUUCCACGCUAAUAUCAACAUUGUACAAAAUUUUUGUACAGUUACUUGUUUCAUGUUUAAUCUUUCGGUAUGUUGGCUUUUAUAUGAUGUUUUAUCCACGCCCUGUGAGGAGUAUGCAAAACAAUUAGAUGGGGAGGCUUUGCUUAUCUAAUGUGAACCGCUUCAAUGGCCUUUUUGAGGUUAUAAUUCUGUGGGAUGUAUGUGAAUGGUCCUUUGUGUC